GAGCAAGAUCGGCGCUUGGUUUAUGGCCGGCAACGGCGGUUUUGGGCUUUGAUGAUGGAGGGACCGCCACCGGCAUCGGCGUGUGCCCCAGGCAGGGUAUGAGGGCUGUACAAUUUGGAGAGCAAGCUGUUGCCCAUGCAGCAGGCUGCCCCUCGCCAUGCAAAUGCUGAAUCCAAAGGAAAGGCAGAAACUGUUUUGUGCCAAGACAUCACCAGGAGAAGGCUCUGUGACAAUUUGGUGUGAGGCCUGUCACUGCCCUUCAUGAUGCUGGAGGAGAGAGUGCUGCCCAACGAUGGGUCUCUGACCAUUCCUGUCCUUGUCGUGGGGAAUGGGCCUUCGGGAAUCUGCCUGUCCUACCUCCUGUCGGGAUACAGGCCCUACCUAUCCCUUGUUGCCAGCCAUCCAAACCCAAUUCUGCAGCAGAAAUUAGAAGAGAAUCGUCAUCUGUCAGUCGUUGACCAGGAUCUGGAGUGGCUGUGUGAAGGUUUGGAGGGUCGCUCCGCGAAUCCCGUGGCUGUGCUGUUUGACACACUUCUCCUGCCUGAUGGUGAUUAUGGUCUGGGUCACGCUUCUCCCUUGUGGUGGACACUGGAGGCUUCACAGAGUAUUUCUCAUCUGGUCCUAGGCACAGGAUUACCUGGAGGUUCCUGGCAUGAUAUGGAGGGCUCGAUGCUUACACUAAGCUUUGGCAGCUGGAUGGAAUUACCAGCUCUGAAGAUGAAGGACUGGGUCGGGGAGAAGCGCAGGAGCCUGAGGAAUGACCGGGUGCUUCCGUCUGAGGUUGCUGCCUAUUACCAAAACUUUGUCAGUGAGAUGGGUCUGGAGAAGAACUUUGUGAACCGAAGCCGUGUGACGUUGCUACGUCGAGCCUGUGGUGCUUCUGAGGGUGAGAAGGGCGGAGAGCACCCUGUAAACCAGGAGAGCAGAGAGGACAGGAGCCCGUCCUUGUGGGAGGUCCAGGGGUAUCAGAGUUGGAGCGACGGAACACAGACACCCUUCCUCAUCUACGCAGAGAACGUAGUGCUGGCCACGGGGACUCAUGACGAGCCAUUGUGGCUGGGAGUACAAGGCGAGGACUUGCCCUUCGUGGGUCAUAGUGUCUCAGAGCUGGAGGCGGCCGUGGUCCAGGGGCGGCUGAACGAGUUCUCGGAGCCCGUACUGAUUGUAGGUGCUGGACUGAGUGCGGCUGAUGCCAUUCUCUGUGCCCACCACCAAAACGUGCCGGUCCUCCAUGCCUUCCGGUCCUCUGUUACCGAUCCCAACCUGAUAUUCAACCAGCUGCCGAAGGUGCUGUAUCCAGAAUACCACAAGGUGCACCAGAUGAUGAGCCAGCAGCGAGUGGGUGAGGAGCCCACCUCUUACCAGGGUUAUGUCAGCUUGCCGCAGCACCGGGUCUGUAGUUUCCAGCCUGAUCACAAGUGUGUCCUGGAGAGUUGGGACAGGGUGGAAACACGAGUGAGUGUGUCCAUGGCACUUGUGCUGAUUGGCACCAACCCCAAGCUUUCCUUCCUGAGGGACAAUGGUGCCUACUUGGGGCUGGACCCCAAACUGUCCAUCUCCUGCCGCUACAACCCCAUACACAUUCACCCCUACACCCACGAGUUGGUGCAGGAGUCCUCCUUGUUUGCAAUGGGACCCCUGGUGGGUGAUAACUUUGUGCGGUUUGUGAAGGGUGGAGCUCUGGCCAUCACGAGCUGCUUGGUGAAGCGACGCAAGGAACAGUGGUUCCCUGCAGAUUGACACUGGAGCAUCCAGACCACAAGAGGCAGAGAAGCACGUGUGUGAGUGCUUCACACAGUCUGCCUGCUGCCCGUAGCGAGGACUGUCAUAACGAGUUCCCAAGGCAGCUUUACUUUGAGAUGUUCCACUGACCUGACUCAUCCAGGCUGGUGUGAAACCCUCCUUGAUCUCAUGUGGAAUGUUGAUAGGCUCCUGAGAAUUAAUAGAAGGGAUGUAUUGGGAUGUGGGAGGGGAGGAAAUAUGGAGAUCCUCGGAGUUCCCAUCAAGGAGGUACCUCUUUGUGUGCCUGUUCUGCUAUGGGGUGUCAGUGUUUUCAUUCCAACACAUUCCAAUGUGGAAGGCCCAGAGGAACAGAAAGGAAUGGAAGAGAUUCCACUCACUGUUUCCUGAAUUGUAUGUACUGUUGCUAGGAGUGAUGGCCAAAACUUUGUCCUUGAAUCAACGAGGAAGUUUGGGCCAACACCGACAUAUCACUGGUUACCUAAAUUAAUUAAACACUUUCUGUAAAGGCCACGUCCCAUGCAUGGGGUUGAAUUGUGAUUUCUGUCAAGUUUGGGGUGAGGUCACAGAAGUACUGUUAGUUAUAGUGAAUUUUCACCUCACCCGACAGCAGAAAGUCCUGUCAAGAGCUGUGAGAAUUUGUCUGACCACAGCCCAGAAAGUGAUGUGUCAGCAUGUCUCCAGCAGGCUGGUUCCACAUCACACCUCUUUGGAGUGAGGUGUACGAAAAUCAGAUAUUUACCUCCCUCACUGGCACAAACAUUCUAAGCACAUUCAUCUACUGAAAGUUAGGGUAUGAGGAUCUAACCAGCAGCCUGUGUCAAUCAUCAGAAAGAAUUAGUUGAGAAAGAGAAAAGGUGAAAGCUAGGAGGGAAAAUAAACAACUUCUCCAUGGGGCUGCAGGAAGGAGAUUGAAGUUUUAAUUGUCACAGUAGACUGCCAUUGUGUAAUGAUUACCUUCUCAUUAAAAGGCUGCU